AUGGCAGCUUAUCAGGUCUCUUCUUCAUCCUCUUCUUUCUCGAGCAAUGAAGUGUUCUUGAGCUUUCACGGCAAAGAUGUUCGCACCAGUUUUGCCGAUUACCUCUACCAUGACUUAAUUGGGACUGGAAUUCGAACUUUCAGAGAUGAUGAGGAACUCAGUAAGGGAAAAGAGAUUGCACCUGAACUACUCGCUGCAAUCCACGAUCCACCAAAGAUUCAACAAAAAAUUAUUGUUUUUGAUGAUGUGGAUCAAGAUAUUCAAGUAAAGUCUUUGGCUGGGGACCGUGAAUGGUUUGGUAUUGGAAGUAAGAUCAUUAUCAUAAGCAGAAAUAAGGAUAUUUUAAUUGCUCCAAAAACAUAUGCGAUUUACGAGCCUGAGGUAAUGACUCCAGAUGAUUCUCUUAAGCUUUUUAGUCAUUAUGCGUUUGGAAGGGACCAACCUCUAGAAGAUUAUUUGGAUCUCUCAAAAAUUAUAGUAAACACUACGGGAGGACUUCCCCUGGCUCUUCAAAUAAUAGGUUCAUCUUUAUUUAAGAAAGCAAAAUCAGUAUGGACAGGCAUGUUAAAGAAGUUGAAAAAAGUUGCUAAAAAUGAUGUUAUGAAAUGCUUGAAAAUAAGUUACGAUGGAUUAAAAUAUGCAAAGCAACAAAUUUUUCUUGAUACUGCUUGGAUUAGUGAAAGUAGUAAAUUAGAGAUGCAUGAUGUGCUUCGGGAUCUUGGAAGGGAUAUUGUUCGUCAAGAGAGCAUUAAAAAGGCAGGGAAGCGUAGUCGAUUAUGGUUUCAAGAGGAAGUCUUGGAUGUAUCAGAUAAACAGACAGGAACAAGUAAGCGUGAAGGACUCACUAUUGAUUUCAGCAGUAGAUCAAGGAUUGAAUGUUCGAUGAAUGAAGGAAUUGCUAAAAUGACUGAACUAAGGUUACUCCUAGUUGAUUAUGCACAAUCAAUUGGGAACUUCACCAAUUCCUUUUCGGAACUGAGAUGGCUUAGUUGGAGAGGAUGCCCUAACCAAUAUGCACUGACCAAUUUUUGUCCAAAAAAACUGACUGUUCUCGAUCUAUCAAAUAGUAAGAUUACAGCACACUGGAUGGCUUGGAACUGCAUCAAGAUGGCAGUAAAUCUGGAAGUUCUAAGUCUCUCGUCUUGUUAUCAACUUUCUAGUACUCCUGAUGUUUCAGAAAAUCGACUCUUAGAGGUAUUGAUUAUUAAAGACUCUGAAAAAUUGGUUCAGCUCGACACAUCUGUUUGUUAUCUCAGGAACGUAGUCACAUUAGCUAUGAAUGGCUGCAAGAGGAAUUGA